GGGCCGGGGACAGCCCGCGCACCUUCGUGGGGAGGAAGCCAGGUCCCCGGGAGGAAGGAGUGGAUUUGGUUUCCCCGCAGUCUGGCUUACACGCACGUAAAGAAUGCAGCCAUCUGGCGGCUUGCGGUCCCUGGACUUGCCCCGAAGGUGGGAAGGAAGCCUUUCGGAUUGGACUAAGGUUUUAAUCUUCGGUGGGAGGCGGGGAGGAUCUGCCGGGCCUGAGGAGCAGUAGUCUUCGAGAACAAAGAAUUACAGAGCACCCACAAGUCGUAAUCUUGGCCAAAGUACUGUAACAAGAUAAUUUAAACAAGGUUAGGUAGCAUACGACCUUAAAAAAAAAUAGCAUCCCACUAACCCGCAUGGACUCCACGGUGCCCUGGUUCGUGCCACCACGAAUCCCUGGGGUGGUUUGGGCUUUCUUAGUAUGGAAACUAAUCGGCAAAAUAAAGUGGUUGAAGUUGGGCGAAGAUUAGCCCUCCUUUUAGAAAGGUGUUCCUGAACACCGCUGACAACACGGUUCUAACAGUAUUUCAUGACGAUGGAUGGCGACAGUGCUACAACAGAUGCUUCUCAACUAGGCAUCUCUGCGGACUACAUCGGAGGAAGCCACUACGUGAUACAGCCUCACGAUGAUACUGAGGACAGCAUGAAUGAUCAUGAAGACACAAAUGGUUCAAAAGAAAGUUUCAGAGAACAAGAUAUCUAUCUUCCAAUUGCAAAUGUAGCAAGGAUAAUGAAAAAUGCCAUACCUCAAACGGGAAAGAUUGCAAAAGAUGCCAAAGAAUGUGUUCAAGAAUGUGUAAGUGAGUUCAUCAGCUUUAUAACAUCUGAAGCAAGUGAAAGAUGCCAUCAAGAGAAACGGAAGACAAUCAAUGGAGAAGAUAUUCUCUUUGCCAUGUCGACCUUAGGCUUUGACAGUUAUGUAGAACCUCUAAAAUUAUACCUUCAGAAAUUCAGAGAGGCUAUGAAAGGAGAGAAAGGAAUUGGUGGAACAGUCACAGCUACAGAUGGACUAAGUGAAGAACUCACAGAGGAGGCAUUUACUAACCAGUUACCGGCUGGCUUAAUAACUGCAGAUGGUCAGCAACAAAAUGUUAUGGUUUAUACAACGUCAUAUCAACAGAUUUCUGGUGUUCAACAAAUUCAGUUUUCAUGAUCUGAAGAAAUGGUGGCAUGGGGAGUGGAGAGAAGGGAAAGAGUCUGUACGAUUCUGGAAACAGAGACAUUAAGAAGGAAGUGACUGGGGGAAUGAUGUCUCUUUGUAUAUUAAAUAGCUGUAAUGUAGCUUCCUGAUGCUUGACUAAUUGAGGUGUUAAUUCUGACUUGAGAAUCUUUUUCAUGAAUGAUUUUAAAGAAAAAUUUGGAUUUUAAAGGUAUUAAAAUAUUUUUGUUUUGUACGAGAGUUUGUUGCUCUGUAUGACUCCUGUAUGCAUUGUAUAUUGCAAUUUAUUACUGUCAGAGAUUUGUAGACAGUUUCUUAUUUUCAUAUUGAAUCAUGUUACUUUUGUAAUUCAAGUAAGCAGCUGGGUUAAUUCAUGAUGUUUGCCCUUUUAAUAAAAUAUAAGGGUAGAGUUCA